UGAAGGAAGAUUAUGAUGCUAUGGGGCCAGAAGCCACGAUCCAGACCACAAUUAACAAUGGUACAGCAUUAUCCUUUGGAAGCACCUAUGGCCUUGUGAAUGGAACAGCAGAGAGUUUAAGUGAUGCCUAUCAAAUCCAAGGAAGAACAGAUAUAAGCAAAGUUCAAGUUAAGAAUGCAAAUUGCACAUCAGACUUCGAGGAAUACUUUGCCAAAAGAAAACUGGAGGAACGAGAUGGCCAUGCAGUCAGCAUUGAAGAGUACCUUCAGCGAAGUGACACGGCCAUUAUUUACCCAGAAGCCCCUGAGGAGCUGUCUCGCCUUGGCACGCCAGAGGCCAAUGGGCAAGAAGAAAAUGACCUGCCACCUGGAACUCCAGAUGCUUUUGCCCAACUGCUGACCUGCCCCUACUGCGACCGCGGCUACAAGCGCUUGACAUCGCUGAAGGAGCACAUCAAGUACCGCCACGAGAAGAAUGAAGAGAACUUUUCCUGCCCUCUUUGUAGCUACACGUUCGCCUACCGCACCCAGCUCGAGCGGCAUAUGGUGACGCACAAGCCAGGGACAGAUCAGCACCAAAUGCUAACCCAAGGAGCAGGUAACCGCAAGUUCAAAUGCACAGAGUGUGGCAAGGCCUUCAAGUACAAGCACCACCUGAAAGAACACCUCAGAAUUCACAGUGGUGAAAAACCUUAUGAAUGCCCAAACUGCAAGAAACGCUUCUCCCAUUCUGGUUCCUACAGUUCACACAUCAGCAGCAAGAAAUGUAUUGGUUUAAUCUCAGUAAAUGGCCGAAUGAGAAACAAUAUCAAGACGGGUUCUUCCCCUAAUUCUGUUUCUUCUUCUCCUACUAACUCAGCCAUUACUCAAUUAAGGAACAAGUUGGAAAAUGGAAAACCACUUAGUAUGUCUGAGCAGACAGGCUUACUUAAGAUUAAAACAGAACCACUAGACUUCAAUGACUAUAAAGUUCUCAUGGCAACACAUGGGUUUAGUGGCAGCAGUCCCUUUAUGAACGGAGGGCUGGGAGCCACCAGCCCUUUAGGUGUGCACCCCUCUGCUCAGAGUCCAAUGCAGCACUUAGGUGUAGGGAUGGAAGCCCCUUUACUUGGAUUUCCCACUAUGAAUAGUAACUUGAGUGAGGUACAAAAGGUUCUACAGAUUGUGGACAAUACGGUUUCUAGGCAAAAGAUGGACUGCAAGACUGAAGACAUUUCAAAGUUGAAAGGUUAUCACAUGAAGGAUCCAUGCUCUCAGCCGGAAGAACAAGGAGUUACUUCUCCUAAUAUUCCUCCUGUCGGUCUUCCAGUAGUGAGUCAUAAUGGUGCCACUAAAAGUAUUAUUGACUAUACCUUAGAAAAGGUCAAUGAAGCCAAAGCUUGCCUCCAGAGCUUGACUACUGACUCAAGGAGACAGAUCACUAACAUAAAGAAAGAGAAGCUGCGUACUUUGAUAGAUUUGGUCACUGAUGAUAAGAUGAUUGAGAACCACAGCAUAGCCACUCCAUUUUCAUGCCAGUUCUGUAAAGAAAGCUUCCCAGGCCCUAUUCCCCUGCAUCAGCAUGAACGCUACCUGUGUAAAAUGAAUGAAGAGAUCAAGGCAGUCCUGCAACCUCAUGAAAACAUAGUCCCCAACAAAGCUGGAGUUUUUGUUGAUAAUAAAGCCCUCCUCUUGUCAUCUGUACUUUCUGAGAAAGGACUGACAAGCCCCAUUAACCCAUACAAGGACCACAUGUCUGUACUCAAAGCAUACUAUGCUAUGAACAUGGAGCCCAACUCUGACGAACUGCUGAAAAUCUCCAUUGCUGUGGGGCUUCCUCAGGAAUUUGUGAAGGAAUGGUUUGAGCAAAGAAAAGUCUACCAGUACUCAAAUUCCAGGUCGCCAUCACUGGAAAGGACCUCCAAGCCGCUAGCUCCCAACAGUAACCCCCCAACAAAAGACUCUUUAUUACCCAGGUCUCCUGUGAAACCCAUGGACUCCAUAACAUCACCGUCUAUAGCAGAACUCCACAACAGUGUUACGAGUUGUGACCCUCCUCUCAGGCUAACAAAACCUUCCCAUUUCACCAAUAUUAAAGCAGUUGAUAAACUGGACCACUCAAGGAGUAAUACUCCUUCUCCUUUAAACCUUUCCUCCACAUCUUCAAAAAACUCCCACAGUAGCUCGUACACUCCAAAUAGCUUCUCUUCCGAGGAGCUGCAGGCUGAGCCUUUGGACCUGUCAUUACCAAAACAAAUGAGAGAACCCAAAAGUAUUAUAGCCACAAAGAACAAAACAAAAUCUACUAGCAUAAAUUUAGACCACAACAGUGUUUCUUCAUCAUCUGAAAAUUCAGAUGAACCUCUGAAUUUGACUUUUAUCAAGAAGGAGUUUUCAAAUUCCAAUAAUCUGGACAACAAAAGCACUAACCCUGUGUUCGGCAUGAACCCGUUCAGUGCCAAGCCUUUAUACACAGCUCUUCCACCUCAGAGCGCAUUUCCCCCUGCCACUUUCAUGCCACC